AUGCAGGCGCAGCUCUGCUGGAAGUGGACGCAGCUGCUGCUGCCCACGGUCCAGUUCUUCCUGGUGGCCUUUGCCCUCUAUGUGGGCUACACCCGCGUGUCUGAUCACAAACACCACUGGAGCGACAUCUUUGCUGGCCUCCUGCAGGGGGCGCUGGUGGCUGGCCUCACUGUCCACUACAUCUCAGACCUCUUCAAAGCCCAACCCCCACAGCACUGCCCGAAGGAGGAGGAGCUGGAACAGAAGCCCAGCCUGUCACUGACAGUGACCCUGGGCGAGGCUGACCACAACCACUAUGGGUUCCCGCACUCCUCCUCCUGAGGCUGGAGCCCUCCCAGGCAGGGAGCGGCUGUGAGUCCAGCUGAGGCCGGCCCCCGAGGUGGUCCCUCUUGCCCUGGGUAGGCAGUGAGGGCUCCGGACGGGCUCCAGGAACCCUGGGCUGAUGGGAGCAGUGAGCAGGCUCUGCUGCCCCUGCCCUGCACUGGACCAGGGGUCUGGGGAGGCCUAGGUAGCCCUGAGCAUUUGAAGGGGGACCUGUUUCUGUAGCUCCCCAAAUAUCCCCAUUCUUUUAUGGGGUUAAGGAAGGGACUGUUUUGUAAAAUGUAAUGUACAUGUGGUUUUUAGUAAAAUGGGGCAUUGGUUUGACAAG